AGAUGGAGGACAUCGAUCUUCUAGAGCUGCUGACUCGCUUUGGCCAAAUUGUAAAAGAAAACAGUGGAGAAUAUGUGACUUAUGAAGAGGUUAAAGAUGCAGCAACCACUUUGGAAGAUUCUCAUCAGAGCCAGAAGGAAAAGGCAGCAAUGGGGUCUAUUGCAGCUGGUGUUCAAGCUGCUGGUAUUGGUGCUCAAGUACCCAGGACACAUCUGUCAUAUGAAGCAUCUGGUUUCAGGAUCGUGCUGUUGGGAAAAAGUGAGCAGAAAAAAAUAAACAUUUGUAACUUGAUCACUGGAGAGCAGGAACUUCAUCAGCAAAAGCACAGAGUGGCCUACCGUGGAAAUUGGAGCGGAAAACCAGUGACUGUAGUAAAAACUCCAGACAUGUUCAGUCUGUCAAAGGAGAAAAUCCAAGAAGAAGUAAAGAACUGUGUGAGACUCUGUUCUCCUGGACCAAAUGUUCUGCUGCUGUUGGUGAAACCUUCAGAAUUUAAAGAAAAAGACAGAGAAAAACUGAUGUUCAUCCUGAGUUUGUUUGGUCAAGAUGCCUUCAAAUAUUCAAUAGUCAUUUUAACAAAUGACAGUAAAAACAGUCAAUCUACCAAUAUUCUCAUCAAGAUGGUUCAAGGAAGAUUCCAAAACAUGAGAAAUAUUGACCAGAGUCAGUUGAUGAAGCAGGUUGAGACAGUUGUCACUGAGAACAAAGGGGCAUAUCUGACCUUUAGGGAAGAGACCAGCAGGCCACAAGAUGAACAGAUGCAAUCUUUAAUAAACCUGGUUUUGUGUGGGAGGAGAGGAUCAGGAAAAACCUCAGCAGCCAAGGCCAUUCUAGGUCAGACAGAUCUUCUUUCACCCUCCAACUCAGAAUGUGUUAGACACCAGGGAGAGGUUUGUGGACGUUGGGUUUCUGUGGUGGAGCUGCCUGCAUUGUGUGGAAAACCUCAGCAGGAAGUGAUGGAGGAAUCAUUCAGGUGUAUCUCCCUCUGUGAUCCUGAGGGUGUCCACACCUUCAUCCUGGUCCUACCUGCGGGUCCCCUCACUGAUGAAGACAAGGGAGAGUUACAGACCAUCCAGGACACAUUCAGCUCUAGAGUCAAUGACUUCACCAUCAUCCUGUUCACCAAAAAGUCAGAUCCUACAGCUGGAGAUGUCAACUUCAUAGAGACUGAUAGAAACAUCCAGGAGCUUCUUCAGAGCUGUGGAGGAAGAUAUGUUGUUCUCAACAUCAAUGACGAGCAGUGGAUCCACCAACUGUUGGAUAGAGUGGAAAAUAUCAAAGCAGCUGAAGACAAACCAAAAGGCUACAAUUUUAAGACAUUUGCACAUGCCCAAAUUAGUAGACUCAUACAAAAAGAAGCACAUAACAGUAAGCAACAGGAACAGCAGAAGAAUAAAAAUAUCU